AUGAUCUCGGCGCUGUCGUUCGCGACCUUCGCUGUCUCGCCUGACAAAGCCGAAUUGCGUCUCCGAUUGUCCUUCACUCUCAUUCUCACCUCAGUUACCUUCAAAUACGUCAUCACCCAGAGCCUUCCUCGAAUCUCCUACCUUACGUACAUGGAUAAAUAUGUGCUGAUGUCUCUGGCGAUCCUGUGCAUAAUUAGCAUCUGGCAUGCCGUGAUCACAAUUAUUCCGAUCAGCACAAUCCAGAACGCCAGCGACAACUCCACGUUAAUGGAGUUGCAGAAGUUUUCGAACGCCUCACCAGCUUCCGCGUUCCGCGUGACCUCUGGCAACCCUGACCUCCUUCGCCAGUCCCUCAAUCGCGCCUCCACCUCCACUUCCACUCCACAAAUGCGCGACAGGAGUAAGAACCGGAGGAGACGGACGUGGCCAUCGUCUGGGUACCAUGGCAACAGCGGACCAGACCCCAGUCUUUCGAAUGACAUCUUCUUUGACCCUUCCACUUCCACGUACACACCAUCGUCGGCGUUUCGAAGCAACGGUGCCUCAGUCGGUGAUUUCACACUAACCAAUGAGACAGUCUCGCUCUACUUUCUUGCCCUCCUACGAGCCUACAUGGACAUUCAAGACCAAAUCGAAGCCAAUCGACUCCCGAAGGCUCAGAAGACCGAUGAGCAGCAGCGGCUGGAGGUGAUGAAGCGGUUGGAGAGGAAUGUCUUCAUCUCGUUCGCCGUGUUAUACGUCAUCGUGCACUGUAUCUUCGUCUUCAUACUCUACUUUGACGUAAGUGGAUGGGCAGAAUCAGUCGAGUUGUGUUUUCUGCAAAAGUACUUGCUUGUUUAA